AUGGCUACCCCCGAGCACGUGAACAUUGGGAACUUGAACGGACGAUGGAUAAUCCAAGGAAUCAAAUUCUUGACUCGGAAGGCUGUGAGCUAUCUGCGACCAAUGCAAAUCAUUCAAAUGGACCAUAUUUUUGGCUCAUCCAAUGCUAUUCCUUUCGCUCGGAUCAAGGCAAUCACGAGCUCGGGCGGCAUCUUUCCUAGUAUCACUGAAAUUCGAGAUUUGACGUGGCAGUGGAGUCACCGUAUGGAUUUCCUUUUUGGGUCAAUUAAGCACCGCAACCAGUGGAUCCACGGAUUUCUUGAUACAAACGGCAGGAGCAUCCCAAAUCUGAAGCCCAUCACUGAGAUUCCAGACCCGAAAAUCAAAAUGUUUUUGACGGGUCAAAUUACGCCCGAGGGCCUUCAAAAGGGAAGGUUUCUCGUGGAAAGCGCUGGUCCAAUAGCUCUGAAUGAUAACAAAGGAAUGUGGGUCCAUACUUUUGACGUCAAUGAGGAUCGUGGGUGGACCACUGAGCAGCGCAUCACUGAUGCCGCUUUUGAUUAG